AUGUCUUCUGUGUGGGUGGCGACGGACGUAUCUGCUUCUACUGGAUCAGCUGCAGGGAAAACGGGUGAUAGAGGUGGUCCAGGUCCUAAAGGUUCUUGUCCUUCUGCUGGUGAGGGAAAUGAAGUUACUUGUCCUUCUGAGAGUGCUGAUACUUCUUGUUCUCAUGAUUCCAAUGAUGGUGGUACUUGUACUCAAACCUCAGGGAAAGGGCAGAAACCAAACGUGCGCAGUGCUGCACCUGGUCCUGCUGGUGAAAGAGGUGAACAGGGUCCUCCUCCUCCUGCUACUGAUCCUCAUGAUCCCCAAGGCGAACGAAGUCUUCCGGGUCAAGUGUCUGUGGUAUCGAGUUCUUCUGGUCUAGAUCUAGGUGGUCAGGCGGCAGAGACGUUAAGAGAUCAGCAUACAGGAAAUGGUUUGAAUGACCGAACAUCUGUGGGAAGUGUCAGCAAAGGUAAGAAAGCUGACACAGACAAAAACGAGCAGGAACAAGAUGAACACUUAAGGAAUACUGCCAACGUAGAACAGCGUCCUCCCGCUGGAGAUAGCACAAAAGCGGAUACAUCUGUUUCCCAAACUGAUGCAAGCAGUAUUACACCAUCAAGAGGGGAAACUGCUGGUGGUUCGCACUCAGAAGACCCUUCAGCUCCCACACCCCAGAAUACAGGUAAUACUCCUUCUAACAGUUCAACUGUGGAUAAUGCUGUGAGUUCAGAUGCUGCAAAGGAUCUGAGUAACGCUGCCACUUCAUCUGCAGAGAGUGAAUCAACAAGGAACCAAAAUGGAGAAGGCGCAGGAGGUACAGAAUCAACCACCAACACCACCACCACCACAACAACAACACUUCCUCCUGAGCCUGCAAACAACAAGAAGGGUUAUGCAGACAGCAGCAGCAGUAUCAGCAGUUCUGUGUGGGUGCGUGUACCACUACUGAUUGUAGUUACACUGGCCUGUAUUCUUGUGUGCUGA